AUGUUUCUAGAUCCGAUUUGGGAUGUUCCCUCUCAAACAACAAAAUCAGGUCUCAAUGGUCGCUCGGAAAGCUUUCAAAACAUCCUCAAGCAUAUCUGUGCCAACACUUGUAUUGCAUCAAAGAGCAAUCUCACUGCUCUCUCUCUCGCUCAUGUAACAGGUGGUCAGGAACUCGCACAGCUUGUGCAAAACUUUAUUGAUACUACUUAG